GAACGAGAAACAAGGAAUAUGGCCGAGAUACAGCAGGUGAACAUACAGUGCGAGUGCCCCCAUCAUCAUGGACCGCUCUUUCUGCUCAAGCCGUGGGCUUGGUUUCGUCCGUGUCGUCGCUGCGAGCGCAUGAUGGAGCGCAAUGUGGUUGUGGUGCCCACCUCGGGUGCAGCUGGCGUUACAGUUACGCCCGGCAUGAGGACCCGAGCCUCGCCAAUUGUCGUCUCGACAACAACGACACAAACGGUGCCAGUGCAGCAGGUGCAACAGGUGCAACAGGUGGUCACGACACAGCAAAUACUGCCACCCGCAUAUAACGAAACGCUGAUCGUCAACUGAGCCGCAGCAGAGAACUUGGAAUAUUUUACUUUA